AUGGCAGGGCAGUGUACGUGGCUCGCUAUCCCUGGCUCAGACUGCGGAGGAAGGACAGGGAAGCAGCCCAUUCGGUUUAGGGCCGGACCGGCUGUAAUAUUUGAGGCCCUGGGCAUGCCCUUACUCUGCCUGUUGUCUCUGGGAUCCAGUGUGGAAUCUAGCUUGGGAUCGGAUUGCGACAGCAGCCACCACGCACGGUCAACGCAAAAACACUACCGGCGAAAUAAAAGAAACUUCUUACGGUUGUGGAGCUCAGGGUGUCCAGAAACCCAAUCACUAAGGCCAACUCCGGGGGAGGCCCAGGAAUGGGCUGAAUCUCUGGAAAAACUGUUGCUCCAUCCGUAUGGUCAGCGUGCUUUUCGUGCUUUCCUGGAAUCAGAAUUCAGUGAAGAGAACCUGGACUUCUGGAUGGCGUGCGAAGACUACCGGAAGCUCCGAAGCUGCGACAAGCUUCAGGACAACGCCAGGAAAAUCUACGACCAAUACGUCACCAUCCAGGCCCCCAAAGAGAUCAACCUGGAUUCCCAGACCAGAGAUGUCACCAACCGGAACAUUUUGCUCCCCACCCGCAGUUGCUUUGAACAGGCGCAGAGGCGUAUCUUUGGCCUGAUGGAGAAGGACUCGUACCCCAGAUUCCUCCGUUCCCCACUUUAUCAAGCGCUAGUUCAGCCAAACGGAGCCAUGUAAAAACCCCACCAGCCUUGGAAAGAAGACAGCUGCGAAGGGUCCCUUUCUCAGGCUGCCGUUGGGCCCUUUGGAUUAUGUGCAAGAGAGACAGACUGUGACCCGGUUCUCUGAGGCUCAUGCCCAACACUGGGCCGAUGAGCGACCGAAAUAUCUCAAAAGUGAAUGUCGCAUGAGGAAAGUUUGGAGGGGGCAGACAAGUCUUGUGCAUUGAUGUUAAAAAACCAGAAUGAUAGAAUCACAGAGAGUGCAGUGGACAUUUGGGGCAUCCGUGAUCACACAUUACAAACAUGGAAUACAGUGUCAUGCACAUAGUUUAGCAUUCCGGGAUGCUUCCCUGCUGAGAGAAGAAAGGCGCUGCAGAAGAAAAGAAGUGAAAUCUUGUCGAGUCUCCCAACAGGGAAGGAGCUCAGCCCCUCGUCCUCCCUGAGCCCUUGGCACUGCAGUAUCGGGGACUGUGCAGCUGGAACCGUAAAUGGCGUGGAACUCACCUUAAGGAACCACCUGGGAGUGUUUGUGCUCAGGCCGUGGCACCCUCUUGAGGGGUGAAAGGGCACCUGUAACAUCAGACCUCCCGAUUGGCAGGCAGCAUGAAGGUUCUGGAUUGACCGGGCCUGGUGUGAAUGCCAGGAGCCGGGUCUUCUGCCUUCUUCUGGUCAACAAAGCAAUGCCUUCAGCUUGCUGCACGUCGGGCUCCAAGCCCUCCAGGUUGCAGCAACUCGCCCUGAACUGGACAAAUGCACCCACAACAGCUUUACGUUUGGGCAUAGCUACCCAAAGAUUCAGCUUUGCCCUAAGAUGAACCCGGCUAAUGAUUAAAUUCUGCUAGGGAUUAUUUUUGCAAAAUGUAGUAGCUCAUAGAAUAAUCUCCCCUGGUGAUCUUCCCUCUCCGGAAAUGUUUAUAGCAUGUGCUAGUUUGGAAACAUUAUUCAGUAAGCCACCAGGAGGCGCUGUGUGCCUACUGCUUAAGCUCAUCCUGGGCUUUGAAAGCAAUAGCAGUCACCAAGAGGUCUAUCUCUCUCUUGCUGUCUGUCUCUCCUUGUCUAUCUCUGUGGACAACUACACAAGGUGCACAGCAAACAUGAAUUCUGCAUGGGCACUGGAGCAUGUACUGAUGUUUCCUGUGGAUGACAUUCAUGUGUAUACAAAGAAUCCCUUAAUUGCUCAUGUGUUUAUUUAUUAAUUUGGAACAUCUGUACCCUGUAAACCUUGGAGAGCUGCUUACGUCAUUUCAAAAGAAUGAAGGAUGGUGCAAACAAUAAGAGCAAUGGAAGGCAGGGUCACAAAAUCAAGAGCGACACUAAAAAUACUGUAGCAAAAACAGAAGGAAUCAAAACCAUAACCUUGUACUUGGAAAGCAAUCCAGGGUGGAUCAUUUGAAAUCAAUAUCAAAGCAGAGCAAGCAUAAAAACAGCCAGGGCAGGCAACCUAAAAGAUUGGCAAAAGGAAAGAUGCUUUGACCUGGCACUUCAGUAUGGCACCAAGCAAACUGCUGCAGGAAGGGAGUUCCAGAGCCAAAGGGCCACCACUAAAAAGGCUCUGUCUCUGGUAAACCCACAUACAUGCACACAUGCCUUCCUCUCAAAGUGGAGGCUCAUGGAGUAGAAUCUGUAUGGCAGUUAUUCCUAAGGGAGCAGGCUGUGCUCAAGGUUCCCAGUUCCCAGACUGCUUUAAAGGUACGAACCAACACUUGGAAUUGUGCCUGGGAAUGAAUUAGCAGCCAGUGUCAUCCUUGCAUCGCUGAUAAGAUAUGUUCCCUAUAAUCUGGACCUUGGUUUUGAAUUUCGAACCCACUGAAGCUGCCGAACAGUCUUCAAAGGCAGCCCCACAAAGAGUACAUUGUAGUAAUCUAAUCUGCAUGUGAUCACAGCAUGGAUAAUUAUUAGUGAACAGAUCAUAGUUUUUCAAACCCACUGCAGUUGGUUAAAGGUGCUUCGUGCUUGAGCAGCCGCCUGCAGACAGAGAUCU